CGAUUUCUGUGUUGCCGUAUAAAUGCAGUGUUGGCGGCGUGUUUGUUGGCAGUCGAAAUUUUUUUGCUUCGAGUGGGCUAUGUCGCGUCGCGCGAGUUAAUUGCUAAUCAAGGGAUCUGACAGUGCAGUGCAGUGUGAGUGCUGGUACUCCGGGAUAAAGUCGCCUGAAGUCGGGGAAAUCAGCAGCGGACGCAUACGUGUGCACUUGAUACGCACUCGCGGCACACACGCACACGGGCGUACGCAACAGAGAGUUGUGGCUGUGGUAGUGGAAGUGGAAAGUGCAGCAGGCGCGGUCCACGCGAUAUACGUACACACGUACAUAUCGGUAAUUCGGGCAUACGGACGUGUAAAUAAACCGGGUCGCCCACCAUCUAGGGGCGGUGCUACGCCCUCCGCCGGACUCGCAAUCGCGGCAAACGUGUUCAAGUCCCGAAUCUCCCCUCGCUCGCUCUCCCACUCCAUCUCCACCUCUCUCUCGCCGUGCGUGCGGCUGUGUGUGUUAGUUAGUGAGCGGCCUGCGUGUGUGUGUGUGUGUGUCUGUUUUUGUUGGUCACUUUAAUUCGCCACAUACACACACUCUCGAAAAAAAAUAAAAAAUCGCCUUAAUCCUGCAGCGUUUUUGUUGUUCUCCGCCUUCAUCCUUACAGCCUGCGGCUUCCAGAGAUUUUCCCUUCGGCUCAAUAAUAAUAACGAAGGUCGCUGUUUUUCAAAAACCAGAGGAAACUGUUAUAGGAAAAUAUCUGAAAGUGGUCCGGGAAUGUGUUUUCCGAGGCGAAACUGGACCUGGUACUCACAAUCGCCCCGGACUGGGGAUCUUUCCUAAGAGGAUGCGGCAAUAGAGACUCUGGAAACCGAGGUCAAAGGUCAAACCGCGGGCUAGCAUGAGCGAGAGUGCCAGGGAGCCACAUAGACAGACAGCCAGAGCGAGGGAGACGAGACGAGAGGAGCUCCCAUAUGUGCCAACAACCGAACCAACUGCAAGAAAGCUAACAACAUUUCACGCUUGAGGGAGCGAUAAAAGUCUGACAACGAUUGAUAAACCACAACAACAGCAACGUACACGUUAUAAACAUAGGAUAACCCAAUCCCCACAUCAACAUAUCUUCAACUAAAAGCUGAAACAGGGUACUAACAUGAUCGCCCCCUACUAAAACAAGACAUUAGUAUCAGAUCGUCAAAAUAGAAUCCCAAAUCGCCAAAAAUCCGCAGUUAACCCAGGACUACAGCCCAGGCAGCAACGGUAGUUAACAGAGAUUAGAAACAAUCAUGACCUUCUCGACCUUCACACGCAAGAUGCGCGGGCGCAUGCGCUCCAACACCUGCCGUAUCGUCCUGCUCACCUCGCUCGUCUGGGUGAUCUUCGACUUUGUGCUCAUUGCCCGCUACUCGGAUUGCAUUGGCAAGGACGGAUGGCGCUGCAAGAGAUCCGGGGAGUACGACGUGGAGUUACCCAACGCUGAACGCCUGGUGGAUGAUAACCAGCUGGUGGACGAUAAUGAGAUCAACACGGAGAAAUCCCUAGACGGCGAGGCGGGCGGAGCUCUCAUCAUGGGCCAGGGCUUUGCGCCGGGCGGCAUUUCCAUGACCUAUCCCAGCGUGGUGCUAAAGAAGUGGUUCCUCGCGCCCACCGUCCAGGAGGCCAAGGGCAAGCCGGGCGAGAUGGGCAAGCCGGUGAAAAUACCCGCUGACAUGAAGGAUCUCAUGAAGGAGAAGUUCAAGGAGAACCAGUUCAAUCUGUUGGCCAGUGACAUGAUCUCGUUGAAUCGCUCGCUGACUGAUGUGCGGCACGAGGGUUGCCGUCGCAAACACUAUGCCUCUAAGCUGCCCACCACUUCCAUUGUGAUAGUUUUCCAUAAUGAGGCCUGGACAACCCUGCUGCGCACCGUAUGGAGUGUUAUCAAUAGGUCGCCGCGUGCCCUGCUCAAGGAAAUCAUUCUGGUGGACGAUGCCAGUGAAAGGGACUUCCUGGGCAAGCAGUUGGAGGAGUAUGUGGCCAAGCUGCCCGUAAAGACGUUCGUCCUGCGCACAGAGAAGCGUUCCGGAUUGAUUCGGGCCCGCCUUCUGGGAGCCGAGCAUGUAAGCGGUGAGGUAAUCACCUUCCUGGAUGCCCAUUGCGAGUGCACGGAGGGAUGGCUGGAGCCGCUGCUGGCGCGGAUUGUGCAGAACCGUCGAACGGUUGUGUGCCCCAUCAUUGAUGUGAUUUCCGACGAGACGUUCGAGUACAUCACGGCCUCGGAUUCCACGUGGGGUGGAUUCAACUGGAAGCUCAACUUCAGAUGGUACCGAGUGCCAUCGCGGGAAAUGGCCCGCCGGAAUAACGACAGGACUGCCCCACUGCGCACGCCGACGAUGGCCGGCGGUCUGUUCUCCAUCGAUAAGGAUUACUUCUACGAGAUUGGCUCCUACGACGAGGGCAUGGACAUCUGGGGCGGCGAGAAUCUGGAGAUGUCGUUCCGUGUGUGGAUGUGCGGCGGCGUCCUAGAGAUCGCCCCCUGCUCCCGAGUGGGUCACGUGUUCCGCAAGUCUACGCCGUACACCUUCCCCGGCGGCACCACGGAGAUAGUCAAUCACAAUAAUGCCCGUCUGGUCGAGGUGUGGCUGGACGACUGGAAAGAGUUCUACUACAGCUUUUACCCAGGAGCUCGCAAAGCUUCGGCUGGCGAUGUUAGCGAUCGUAAGGCUCUGCGCGAUCGCCUCAAGUGCAAGAGUUUCCGCUGGUACUUGGAGAAUGUCUACCCCGAGAGCUUAAUGCCUCUGGAUUACUACUAUCUUGGAGAGAUCCGCAAUGCGGAAACGGAGACCUGCCUGGACACGAUGGGCAGGAAGUACAACGAGAAGGUGGGCAUUAGCUAUUGCCAUGGCCUGGGUGGCAACCAGGUGUUCGCCUACACCAAGCGGCAGCAGAUCAUGUCCGACGAUCUCUGCCUGGACGCAUCCAGCUCCAACGGACCCGUCAACAUGGUGCGAUGCCACAACAUGGGCGGCAACCAGGAGUGGGUCUACGAUGCGGAGGAGAAGUGGAUCCGCCACACGAACACUGGGCAGUGCUUGCAGCGCGCCACUCGGGACGAUGCCAACACGCCGCUGCUGCGGCCCUGCAGCUACGGCAAGGGCCAGCAGUGGCUGAUGGAGUCCAAGUUCAAGUGGCAGGCCCACUAGCUGGCUGGCGCACCGGUCCACCACCACCACCACCAGACUACAACUAAACUCAACGGAUCCUACUAACUAUACUGAAAACUUCCAACCUACGUUUAAUCCCCGCGCUGGCCCUUGUUUUUGACGUUACCCCGUAGCCUAAGUUUGUUCAGAUCCUAAGUUCUCUCUAUGCAAAUAUCUCUCUCUGUGUGCGUGAAUGUGUUUGCCGACGAAGAAUUCUUCUGGCGGCAGGAUGUCUUCCCAAAAAGUAACUAGAUGCGCGUGUGUGACUGCGUGAGAGUCAGUACUACAAUUUAGAUUAUCCGUUUACAUGAUAUGCAUGUAUAUGUGUUUAUAUAGGCAGGCAGUUCUACGAUUUACGAUUUAUCUAGGUAUACGUAAUUGUAAAGUAAUUUACAUUAGCUUCGACCAAGUACCAAUAAAUUGGCAUUUAACCGACGUUUGUGCUUCACAGAAUAUGAUUUGAAAAGUACAUAAAUUGAACCCAAGCAAGUGCAGGCCAAGCAAUUGCCACAAGUGUGUCAUAGCAGAACAUAAAUAACCUAUAUAUACGAUGAUGAAGAAGGUUCUAAUCCCUCCUCACCGAAAAUCCAAGCACACACGACAUUCCUAGCUAGCAAUGUACUGGAGAAAAUCUAGGGUUACUCUUGUUUUUUGUAUUUAGACUAUGUCACUUUAUGGGUUGUUCUUUCCGUGCACCUCCCCCGUUUUGGGCUUUAAAAUUGACAGAGAAUCUGUUGCUUUGUACCAAAAUAACGCGCUCCUCAUAUCACAAAUGGAAAUUACACGAAAAUGCUUCUAAACCAUAAUCAUUAUACAAUGGAAAAGUAAAAUCUCUAAAAAUUGCACGCAUAUCAUAAAUACAGUGUAAAAAUAUUUAUAAACUGCAUUCGCAAGAGAAGUAAACGAAAACAAUGUAAAUACGAUUAAAGUAGCUAUUAAAAAUAUACAUUUAAAUAAAAUAUUUAUGUAGUACCUAUACGAUAUACACAUAUGCGAAGCAAGCAAAACUGUACUAUAAAUUGCAUUUAGUUUUAGGUUUAACCUUAAGUUCUAAAUUAAAUGUAGAUUUAGUCCAACUUCGGCAUAACAUCAACAAUAGCUAUUGACUAAAUAUUGCUCAAAAUCGAAGAACCUUACUCUCUCAGCUAUUGUGUAAAUAUUUCGAAAGUAUUCCAAUCAAAAGAAUGAAGCAUAACCUGAGUGCAGACGGAAGUUCCACAGACCCGCGACGACAGCAUACCGACGAGACACAGGCCAAGUAAAACUUUUUAGCUAAAUUUAUUUUUAAAAACGAUUAUGUGGAGAACCCAUAGUUAUAGAGAAACGAUAUAUACAUAUGGCAAAAUAGCAACUAUUUUAACUGGUGACGGUGCAAUUUUUAAUUACCCUUUAACAUAACAAACAGGAGAACGAAUCCAAUCAAGCUACAAACACAGGCAGGUCAAGACCCUAUCCCGGCAACAAUCCUAUAUGAUUAGAGUUUAUGUGUGUUGUGCAACCGGUUCACCUGGCCUACCACAACACAAUAGCUGCCUAUAUGUUUUAAAUUGUUGAUUUAUAUGUUUAGCUAAGUAUAGGUUUCCCAUUUCUCAAUUGUAAAAUCUCUCACAACACAAAGCGAAGGAAUAACUGAAUGAUAACGCAAAACUGAAUGUAAGCCAACCUUUUCUAUGAAUUUUUCGUUUGAAUAUUAUUCUUGUUUGUUUAGAGACUUUUUAAAUUUUAUAAAUAAAAGAAUGACAAAUUAAGAGAA